CGAUACAAUACGAUACGAUACGAUACGAUACGAUACGAUACGAUACGAUACGAUACGACACUCCUACAUGGCAGCUGUGGUCACAAGCAGCGAUUUCAUGGACCUCAAGGGAAAGUCAGCGCGCAAAACUACUACUUACUUGCACACGAAGAAUGGCGCUGGGGAUAGAAGGAACCCCUGAGCUACCAUCGGGGUCUAGGCUAGGCUAGGACCAGUCAAGCUCCAGGUACGCAAGCCUGGCAGGCGUCAGGGAUCCGACGCCCCCCGUCAAAUUCAGGCGGCGGGAUUCGUCUGCCACUUUUGACGCUUCAUCUGUGUCGACGACAGCCUGCAAGUCAAGUUGGGAGGGAGUGCAUGUGCAUGAUAUCGCUCGGUUGCCGGAGAUCAAUCAUGAUGUGGGAUGUCGCCAGAUUCUGGAGAUGCUCUCAGUGCAGAUGUCCUUGCGGCUUCCUGCUCAUCUCUGCCGUUGGUCGACACCUUAAUCAACAUAAACAGCAGAGGAAUUUACCCCUUACUCAGUUGCAUACCUAGCUGAAGCCACAGGCAGCAUAUUUCUUCACGCACUGCCACAAGCCCACAACGGGACGUCGCUGUCGCUGACUGUUGGGGGGCCCGCUUGAUUGGUGGCCUAGGAGAGAUUGAGAUUGACGCUGUUGGCCGGUGGCGCGCAAUAUCGACUGCACAAUGGAACUGCACAAUAUAAUUGGGAAGGGUCUUUGUAAUUUGCGAUUCGCGGACCUCAUCCGCUGCCAAGCGCACCUUCUUUUUUCCCGAAAUCACUUCAUAUCUAAUAGAAUGAACAUCCACGACAAGGGAUUAAGGUACCUAUUUCUCAGGCGAAGAUAAGUCGUAAAUGUAGCACGAAGGAAGGAUUGUUAUUGUCGUGAGAUAUGAUAUGAUAUGAUCAACGCGCAACCAACGGGAUCGAAAGUCUCGAAAAUUGACCGACGUGUUGUGUCUACGCGCCUCAGCCUCAGGCACGUCAAGCUGUUCCAGGCCAUCAACGUCCGGCUAGGUGGGUAUUUUUCUAUCCGUCUCUCAGCCUCUUCAUGCAGCCUUGUGCUACAGGGAGACGAAGGGAGGAGUCUCCAGUCAUCAUAAAAUUGAGUACUUUCAGCAUGUGAUAUUACCCGUCAUGGCAGAAUUCGACCUCGCUGCCAGCUUCAUCCCGUCCCUGCACAAGCCAGCCUCUCUUCUUCCAAUUGCCAGGCACAGGCAAAGCCUUCUCUACCUCAUUGAGACAUACCCUGUCACCAUAGUCGUUGGCCAGACUGGCUCGGGGAAAACGACACAGAUUCCUCAGUACCUUGAGCAAGCAGGAUGGUGUUCCGAUGGCAAAAUAAUUGCUAUUACACAGCCUCGUCGAGUCGCCGCGACUACUGUUGCGGUCCGAGUAGCAGAAGAAUUUGGAUGUGAAGUUGGCAAGGAAGUCGGUUAUUCCAUCAGAUUUGAAGAUGUCACCUCAUCUGCUACGCGCAUCAAAUUUCUUACAGAUGGCUUGCUACUGCGAGAGGCACUUGUUGACCCUCUGCUCUCACGGUACUCCGUAAUCAUGGUCGAUGAAGCUCAUGAGCGGUCUCUCAGCACUGACGUACUUCUUGGUGUCUUGAAAAAGAUCUUGAAGAGAAGACCGAAGGAUCUCAGAAUUAUUAUUUCAAGUGCUACCCUCCAGGCGGAGGAUUUCUUGAAGUUCUUUAUGGGUGAUGCAGAAUUGCAGCCCAAGCCUUCAGGAUCAGAUCCUAUGACGCUGGAUGAUCUGAUAUCAGGCAGCUCGAACCCGAAAGAUAAUGGUUUUGGUGGUGACGUUGGAAGGAUUAUCAACCUCGAGGGCAGGAUGUAUCCAGUCGAUGUUCUAUAUCUCGAAACUCCUGCCGAGGACUAUCUCGAGAAGGCAGUUCAAACAGUAUUUGAUAUCCACACCAAAGAACCAGAGGGGGAUAUUCUAGUCUUCUUGACAGGAAGAGAAGAAAUAGAUUCAGCCGUGAAAGCCAUCUCGGAGCGAGCAGCUGAACUCCAUCCACGGGCCCAAACAAUCAUGCCGCUGCCCCUCUACGCUGGACUAUCGACUGAGCAGCAAAUGUACGUAUUUGAAGAGGCACCUGAUAAUACGAGAAAAGUGAUUUUCUCGACCAACAUAGCAGAAGCUUCAGUCACUAUUGAUGGCAUUGUGUAUGUUGUAGACACAGGUUUCGUCAAACUCCGAGCAUACAAUCCACUCACGGGUAUCGAAACUCUCACAGCUACGCCCGUCUCCAAAGCAUCUGCUACCCAAAGAGCAGGCCGUGCAGGCCGGACCAAACCCGGAAAAUGCUACCGCCUCUACACGGAAAGCAACUUCGACGCAUUAGAUGCUGCAACAGUACCAGAAAUCCAGCGCUCAAAUCUCGCUCCUGUAAUCCUACAGCUUAAAGCCCUCGGCAUCGACAAUAUUGUAAGGUUUGACUUCAUUACUGCACCACCCGCCGAGCUAGUCAUACGAGCUCUCGAGCUCCUCUACUCACUCGGCGCACUGGAUGACUACGCCAAACUCACCAAGCCGCUCGGAGUCAGAAUGGCCGAGUUAGCAGUCGAGCCCAUGAUGGCGAAAACACUUCUCUCCGCCUCUUCAUUUGGCUGCCUCAGCGAGAUCCUGACUAUAGCCGCCAUGACAAGCUUAGGAGGUAAUAUCUGGUUUCACCACGACGGCGAGAAGAAACGCAUGGAGACCGCACGGCGGAAGUUCGCUGUAGAGGAAGGUGAUCAUAUCACGCUUCUAAAUGUAUACCAAGCAUUCGUCAGCAAAGGCAAGAAAGAAGCGCGCUUCUGCCACGACAACUACAUUAACUUCAAGGCCAUGACAAGAGCGGUCAGCAUCCGCGCGCAGCUCAAACGCUACCUCGAACGAUUCGGCAUCGCCGUCGACGAGACGCUCUCAUCUAACGCAAAUAAGACACCGCUGUCCGUCGGAGGGCCUUCCAAAGGAGAGCAGAUCCGACGAUGUCUUACCACGGGCUUCUUUGCUCAUGCGGCUAAGAUGCAGCCCGAUGGAACAUUUAGAAAUGUAGCCGGUGGGACUGUCUUGCAUGCUCAUCCGAGCUCGCUGAUGUUUAAUCGGAAGGCGGAUUGGGUUAUCUUUCAUGAGGUGAUGGAGACGGGGAGUAAGACCUUUAUCCGGGAUGUGACAAAGAUUGAGAAGGGAUGGUUGACAGAAUACGCUCCGGAGUUUUAUAAGAUAGGAUAGGAGUAUUUUAUAGGCAAUAAUCGAGAACUGUGAACAGC